AGCACACAUGUUCAGAUCCAGUACAGUAUGAAUUAUUGGAACUUUUAUUAAGAGGGCAAGUAAUUUAGCUAGCUAAAGCGCGGACUUGUUUUGGGUUGUUGUAUUUGUUUAUUUUUGUUCAUUUUCACCAUCAACCCGUUUCAAAUGUGUAGUUUAUUAUCCGGGGAAUAGGCCAGCGUUGUAAAUACAACUUAUCACACUAGCUAGCCUAUGGCCAUGAUGCAUGGGCGAUAAGGUUUCUAACUAGCUAAACAUUGGUGCAGUUGAAUGAUGCAGUCCCUAACCCAAGAGGUUGAAGUUGGGCUCUCUGUGGCUCAAUGUUUCCGAACUCUCACUGCUAGUUCCAAAGAGAAAGAGGUGACAAAAGCUUUACACAGACUAGCAAGUUACCUGGACGAUGAGGUUCAAUGUAAAAUUACCUCAGCUCAAAGAACAGAGUUCCUUCGAGCCUACUACACUCGGACGCUACAGUUUCUCAUCAGUAACAUCAAUGCUGAUUGGAUUCAGCAUAUUACUGCUGCUCAACGCACAGAAUUAUGGGAUGGCUUGUUCCUAAGAGGUCCUCCAGACCAGGCCCUGUUAGUGCUAAUGGACGCAAUCGGCUCAAUAAGUAGUCCCAGUGCAGGUCUGGACCAUUUGGUCAGCAUCCUGGAGCGGUUCCUUCAGAGCGGCCGUCUUACAGUCCUGCUGUGGUCCCGGUGUCAGGAGACUGCCCCCUCUGACUCUCCCCAGCUGAGAGAGACUCUGCUGGGCCGCCUGGUCGCUCUGCCUGACCUUACCGCCAACAAGCUGCACCCCCACAACAAGACUGUCUUCCUCCCCCAGCAGUACUACCCCUUACUGGCCAGUGGAAUGCUCACUGCCCUGGAGAGAACCUGUCAGGCUUUGAGAGAUGGAAGAGACUGCUCUUUGGCUUUCGUGGCCCUUACACUGGGAAAGGCUUGUGUUCAGGGACACAGUGGGUUAGUCUUUGAGGUUCUGGCCCCUACGCUCUCCUCCAGCACAAGCUCAGACAUGGUGUGGCAGAGGGUGUGCUGGAAGCUUCUGGAGAAUGUUCCGGAGCGCUGGCUGGAGAGCGUGCUCACUGGGCUGGUGCAAGCUGUCAACAGGCCUGACACUCUGUCCAGGAUCAUGGGGAACCUGGUGUUGAAAAACAAAAAGGCCCAUUUUGUCAUCACCCAUAAACUGCUGUUACUCCAGUACAAGUACGAGACUCGUGUAUUGAGGGUUGUUCUGGGUUACCUGGCUGAUGACAGGGAGAGGAGACCAUUACUUCUACAGGUGCUACGGGCACUGUGUCAGGCCUGGGCCAACCCCAGUGCUGUGAGACACACCACCCUGGAACAGCAGCUGUAUGUCAGCCGGGCUCUGCUGCUGUGUGUGGCGCUGCUCGAUGACGCAGAGCUAAAGGAGCUACGCUCAGAGUUGCUGCAGUGCAUGCUGGGAGGGAUGCAGAGCCACCUGGACAGCAGCGUAGUUCGUGUGAGGCGUAUGGGCAUGGUGGUUGGGGAGUGUCUCAGCUCCCGGAUGGACAUUGAUGGAGCCAAACUCAAAUUUGAGUACGAGCAGGAUGAAGAGACCAAGGAGCUACUCUCCCUGUUGGCUCCGCCGUCCGAAGAAACCAAACCGGUCGCUGGCCCACAGGAUCCUCCCCGAGAGGUUGAAGUUCAGACAGUACAGUCCCAGGCUGCAGCGGCCCGGACGUCAGCAGCCGUUCCAGACUCUGACCUGGACAGUGACGAUGAGCUCACCCCCUACGACAUGUCAGGUGACCAGGAGAUGAGCCCGGCCGCCCCGCCUCGCUACCUCCGAGACUGUCUGGAGGCCUUCCUCUCCUCCGAGGACCCGGUGAGGGUGGAGCUCAGUCUUCGAGCGGUCGAGGGCCUGGUGAGGAAAAACCCCUCCACAGCCCGAGAGGUCAGCGUGGAGCUGAGCAAGGUGCUGCUGCACAUGGAGGACCGGUACGGCACCGAGGGCUUCCUGAGCCUCAGACGGUCAGCCAUGGUGGCCCUCGCCGUCACCCACCCAGUCGCCGUGACUGAGUUUCUGACCACCGAGUUCUACUCCAUGAACUACAGUCUACGACAACGGCUGGAUAUGUUAGAGGUCCUUGCCACGUCAGCGCAGGAGCUCUCUCAGCCAAUCACGGACAAAGGAGUUCCAUCCAAGGGCAUUCGGGCGGUAACCGUGGAUGCACCCCCUUACCCCGACGACGACACUACGCACUGGCGACAAGUGGUGGAGAGGCGGAUUCAGAGCAAGACCAAACUGCUCAGUAAGGGUGUCACUCGCCCCCCAGCCAAGCCCACCCCAAACCGUUUUGCCCCUGUCGCUGGACACUACUUCUUCCCUCUGCUCAGGAACUAUGACAGGCCUCAGGUGACCUUUGACCUGCUCGGCAGUGACCAUCUGGUCCUGGGGAGACUGAUCCACACCCUGGGCCUCAUGAUGCACCUAGCGGUCAAUGCUCCAGUGGCCACUCAAAUGGGCAGAGCUCUGUUGGACUUCGUCUGGGCUGUCCGCUACCACAUCGACCAGAUGGUGCGGCGUGGAGUCCUGUUUGCUGUCUGCUCUGUCUUUCUGAGCAUGCCUAGUCAGAGUUUGCUGGUUGAGCUCAGUGACCAGCUCUUCGAGACCAGAGCAUGGCUGGCAGAUGUCGCUGAAGGGGAUCCUGAUGCAGACUGUAGGAGCCUGGCCGUGCAGAGCCUGGUGCUGCUGGAGAAGAGUCUGAAGACUGAACUGGACCCGACUGCACUGGGCCUGCAGUCAUGAUCACACAAGGAAACAGACAGUGUAUAAAAAGCCACAGCCAGCCAGUCUAUUGCUUGUGCCUCACAGUGUAUUGGUAGAGACAGCUUCAGGACGCCGGUUGUGACAAGAGUACUAAUGAUGCUUGCCCCGGGCCCCGAGGAUGUAGUGGAUCCUGGACUAUGAAGGAUGUCCUUUGACAUAGAGCUGCAGGUGCUGCUGGCCCACCAUAUCCUGCAACCAAUAAACACCAAGCCAAAGGAAAGAAUACGCGUGGGUGUGCGUGAGACAGAUUGUGACACCUAAAUGGCAUGUUCAGUCAAUGUAUGAUUCAUCGGACAGGAAAGAGGUAAAGGAUUGAGCUGAGAUUUUUUUCUCAGAAAGAGCAGUGAGCUGAAUUCCAUCCCACGCUACAGCAAUGCAUGUACCAGGGGCAGCAGCUCCGGCCACGUCAGUUGUUUUUGGGAUACAGGAAGUUACUUUGUAAUUCAUAAUAUAAAUAGAUAAAUGUACUGGGCCUGUACGUAACACCACAUAUAGAAUAGCAGGAAAUAUUAUAUAUAAAUAGCAGGAUUUGAAGCUGCUCCAGUUUUUCUCCUGCAGCUGUCAACAUAUUUUGCUGUAAACAGUGCUUUUGUCCAUAGAAAUAGCGGAAUGGUAACAUGAGUAGUUUGAGAACCGUCUACCAAGUUUUUUUAACCAGUUGAAAUGUUUUUUUGUUUUUUUUACGGAAUAUGUGGACUAAAGUCUAUCAGAACAAGCCACUCCCAUUGCUGCAGAUGUCCUGAUGCAGAAUUGGUUCAAUAAACUGUUUAACCACUGUCUCUGUCACAAAGCAUGAAAAUGGCCAUAAAUAUAUCUUUAAAAAAUAAUAUUUUCAUAAAAAAAAAAAAACCUGUAUUAAAAUGAUUGUAUGGAAUUGGAACAUCUCAAGUGUUUGUUUGCAUUUGUUUUUGCGGGAAGUAGUGUUCUUUGACAAAU